GAUAGACACCGUCCUCUCAACAAGAACCCAGGUAAUGAGAAUAAGGAGACAAUCUAUGUCUACCAAAUUCAGCCUCAACCUCUUUGAGUAAAAGCUGAUGGUAAAACUGUAAAGUUCGCGAACCUAUGGUAAAACAGUAAAGUAUGUGAAGGAAAGUGUUCUGCUUCAGGUGUUUGUGAUGUCACCACAGAAAUGUGAAAGGAACCCUAAUUAUCAUUCUCAUAAUAAACACUAUCUAGAAGAAGCUACAAGUGAAAGAAUGGACAAAGAUGAAGAAGCUUUAAAGGCAGCCAGAGCAGAGCUCACUGAAGCCAGGAGACAAUGGCAUCAUAUGCAAAUUGAAAUUGAAUCUCUCCAGGCUGUGGAAAGAGGUUUGGAAAGUUGUCUACAUGCCACAGAGCAGCAGUACCAGAUGCAACUGCAGAAUUUACAAGCUGAGAUUGAAAGUUUAGAGAAGGAGCUAGAGCAAGUGAGGAGAGAUAUUGAGAAACAGCUUCAAGAGCAUGAAAUACUACUGAACACUAAGAUGAGGCUGGAGCAGGAGAUAGCAACCUAUCGCAGUUUGCUGGAGAAAGAGGAAAACAGGUUUCAUUGUUCUACACAUGACAGAAAAGAUGACAGAAAACCUAUCACCAGCAAGACAGCUUCUAUCCCACGUUCAACUGGUGCCGUAAAGAAGCAUGAAAAUGAAAAGGUGGAAAAACUGACAAAGAAAGCAGUCUUAAAUGGAAGCAUUGUGAAGGAAAGUGCUGAAGCUCAUGGCACUAUACAGACAGAAAAAAUGGAUGAAGUUAUUAAAGAAUGGGAAGGAUCUUUCUUUAAGGACAAUCCUCAUUUAAGGAAAAAGUCUGUUUCUUUGCGCUUUGAUCUCCACCUAGCAGCAACAGAUGACGGAUGUUUACAGACUAAACAAAAUAACCUACCUGACAUUGAAGUCAGACUGGUAAUGAGGAGGUCUUGCAGUAUUCCAUCUAUCAAACCUUAACCUGCAGCAAACUAACUCAAAGGUCAUUUAUGAUGGGCUUUGGAAAUAAAUAACGUUAAGACAGAUCUAGAUGGACCACAUGGCUUCCCCUCAUCUUGUCACAACUAUGAAAUGUUACUAAGUAUAUGCUUUAAUAAAUAUAUGAAUAAUGUCAGAUUCUCUUAAAUGAAAGAGAGCAGGGUAAAGGUGUUAUAUUUCAAGAAAUCUAACUCCUAUUAAUUUUUUACUCUUUAUUAAUUUUCUCAUUUGUUUUUUCCAAAAACCUUGCUUUGCUUUGUAGAAUUUCGUCAAAUAUUUAAGAACUGAACUAUACCUUUAUACUUUACAUUACUUUUGUAACAAAGAAUCUGUUUUCUCUUUUCAGUUAAUGAAAACUGAACAUUUUAUUUUCCUAGUUCUUCAAUAUAAAAGUCAUAAUGUAUCCUUGUAUCACAACACAAAAGUAUCAUACUGGGUGGUAUACAUCUAAAACCAUUUUUUUAACUGACAAAAGGUAAAUGCAUACAAACUCUUAAGUAUGUAAACUAUUACAAAUAAUUACAAAUAAAUUUUCCUUUAAAAGGAAAUAGCUAAUAUUUUUUAAAUGUAUUUGAGAAAGUAACCCAUCCAAAAGAGUCUGUUUUCUCCUGUGAAUCCAUGCACAUAUUCCUUAAGACCAGUUUUACAUGGAAAUAAUAUUGAGCGAUAUCAUGCCAUUGAUUUUAAGGAGAAUUCUCCAUUAAAAUCAAUUCAGGAUUUUAUUUUAAAACUGAAGGUAUGAUAUAGGCCAUUUGAGCUUAAUACAUAUAUAGGUUUCCCAUUAACUGCCUCUCUUUCUUCUAGUGAAAUAUAGAGGGUGAAAUCUGGACUGUUCUGUAAUCAAUAGGAGAUUUGCAA